GUGAAAACACAGAGGAACAACGCCACUAACAGGAAAAAACAUUGACGGUUAUAUAUGACAGUUAAACCGUGUAUCGAUUCGCGAAGUGUAAUUUUGGUGUCUAAAUUGACGGUUUUAGUAAAAUGAUAAAAAAUGUUAUAUUUAAAAGACUUUUAGCACUAUUUAUGCAUUUUUUUUUUUAGAUAGCUUUGUUGUUGUCUGAACUGUGAAGUUCGCCGUUCUUGCUCACAUCUGUAUUGAGCCCAGUAUAAUGGCAGAGCGAGGUGCACAUUUAACAACAGCAGCUCCAGCUGAAGACAGACCGUCCAUAUUUGAGGUUUUAGCUCAGGACUCUUUGAUGAGCGCUGUUAAACCUGCAUUACUGCAUGCUGUGAAGAUCCUUGCUACGUCUAACCCCGCUCGCUAUGGAAUUCUUUGGAGGAGGUUUGAUGAGAUUUAUGCUGUGCUGGACGUGUUAUUGCAGCAUCAUUUCCUUUCCCGUACCAGCGCCUCUUUCUCAGAGAACUUCUACGGUCUGAAGCGUGUAGGAGAUGACGGCACACGGGCAGCUCAUCUGGGACUUCGGCGCAGACAGCACUGGCGCUCUUUGUUCCUUCUGGCGCUCCUUCCUUACCUCCACACCAAACUGGAAAAAGUCCUGGCUCGACAGAGAGACGAGGACGAUUUCUCCAUCCGCUUGCCGCAGUCCUUCAUGCAGAAGUUGUACAGGGCUUUUUUGGCUGCGUAUCCCUUCGUGUGCAUGGCAUGGGAUGGCUGGGUCUUUUGCCAACAGCUUUUGUAUGUUUUCGGCAAAACACGGACGCAUUCUCCGCUUCUGUGGCUGGCAGGGGUUAAACUCUCAUAUCUCACGGCUAAUGACAUACACGGCCUGGAUCUCAAACCAUCGGGCCCGGCACUGAGCCCCAAUCAAAGCUUUGGAGAGAAAUUUCAGCGCUUGGUCUCUACAGCGGUUGGUGGUGUGGCUGUAUCUCUUUCAACCAGCCUCUCGAUUGGAGUGUUUUUCCUCCAGUUUCUGGAGUGGUGGUAUUCAUCUGAGAACCAGAGCACGGUUAAAUCCUUGACCUCCCUUCCAACCCCUCCACCGCCUCUCCAUCUUCACAGCCAGGAGACGUCACACACACACAUCAAAGUCUGUCCGCUCUGUAGGAAAGUGCGCAACAAUGACACCGCGCUGGCCACUUCAGGCUAUGUGUUUUGUUAUAAGUGUAUAUAUGUGUAUGUCAAAGCCAAUCACAGGUGUCCUCUCACCGGCUACCCGUCAGGACUGCAGCACCUCAUUAAAAUAUACACACCUGAUGGAUAGACUGGCCAAAUGUGUUAGUUUUGUUUCCAAGAUGCUUAUUAAUGUGGAUUUGAUUUUACAUAAUUAUUGCACAUUGUUCAGGUGAAGAACAGGUUUAAUAUUAAAUGUUGUACUAAGGAAAGCUAAAAUGCUUAAAAUGGUUAUAAUAGACUGUUAAUUUAUGAAAUGUGUAAAUAUUAAAUUUGUACUGAUA